GAGCCGGGAGAGGGAAAUAAGGUGUCUCCCUUUCUCGUUUCCGGGCUGGCGGAGGAACGGCGGCGGAGGUGUGGGUGGCGAUGGCGGAGAGGGGGCUGCCCGGGCUGGAGGCCCAGCGGCGGCAGGUAGAGGGAGAGGGGCCGGGCCAGCCCGGGAGGAAGCGACCGCUGGGAACGGGAGAGAAGUGGUAUUUGCUGGAAAAUCAUUGGUACAAGCAGUGGAAAGUUUAUGUGGAAUCUGGAGAUCAGAACUCAAAAGCUUUUCCCGGACGGAUCAACAAUGCUGAACUCUUUGAAGAUUUGGAGUCUUACCGGUUGAAGGAUAGGCUGGUAGAACAUGAAGAGUACAUUCUGGUGCCAGAGGAAGUGUGGGGCAAGUUGGUGAGCUGGUAUGGCAUUGAACAUGGCCAGCCAGCCAUUGAACGAAAGGUGGUAGACCUUCCUAGCAUGCAGAAGGUAGAAGUUUACUUAGUGGAGCUGUACCUCUGUCAGCACAACGAUGUAGACAACCAUGUGGUCACUCAAUUUAGCCGGAUGGAUACUAUUGAUUCAGUGCUAAAAGAGGCCCGGCAUCAGUUUUCAGUUCCAGCAGAAGAUGAAUCAAGACUCUGGGUGAAAAAUGCUGAUGGCUCCUAUGAGAGGUUACGAAACUUGCAGAUGACUGUGCUGGAUGCCUGCCUAAGUUCAGGGCAGAUUGUGAUAAUGGAGACCAGAAGUAAAGACGGUACUUGGCCCAGUUCCAGACCACAUAUCAUGAAUAAUUCCAUUGAUGAGGAAGAGCGGUACCAGGGCCAGCCAGGGAUUUGUGGCCUUACCAACCUGGGGAACACAUGCUUCAUGAACUCUGCUUUGCAAUGUCUCAGCAAUGUGCCCCCUCUGACGGAAUACUUCCUCAAUAAUCAUUACCUGGACGAACUAAACUUCACCAACCCUCUUGGCAUGAAAGGUGAAAUUGCUGAAGCCUACGCGGAUCUCAUUAAACAGAAGUGGUCUGGCCACCACCGCUCCAUCGUGCCGCGAAUGUUCAAGACCAAAGUGGGCCAUUUUGCCUCUCAGUUCCUUGGCUAUCAGCAGCAUGAUUCCCAGGAGCUUCUCUCCUUCCUGCUUGACGGCCUGCAUGAGGACCUCAACCGUGUCAAGAAGAAAGAGUACAUUGAAUUAAAGGAUGCUGCAGGGAGACCCGAUGAGGAAGUAGCAGAAGAAGCGUGGCGGAAUCACAAACGUCGCAACAAUUCCAUCAUUGUUGAUAUCUUCCAUGGACUCUUCAAAUCAACAUUGGUUUGCCCUGAAUGUAACAAAAUUUCGGUGACCUUUGACCCCUUCUGCUACCUCAGUGCCCCUCUGCCAAUCAGCAAAGACCGAGUGAUGGAGGUUUUCUUUGUCUCCAUGGAUCCCUGUAAGAAACCUGAACAGUAUAGGUUGAUUGUCCCGAAAGCUGGGAAAGUGCUAGACCUCUGUCGUGCUUUAUCAGAGUACACAGAUGUGCCUGCAGAGCGGAUGAUGGUGGCCGAUGUGUUCAGUCACCGCUUCUACAAGAUCUAUCAGAGGGAAGAAUCUCUCAGCUGUAUCCUGGACCGGGAUGACAUCUUCAUAUACGAGGUUUCUGUGUCCUGCCUGGAAGACCUGGCCUCAGCAGAUGCAGUGGUACUGCCAAUCUACCUUCGGGAGCGUACCCAGGGCCGGGACUACAGCAACAGCUACUAUGGGGUCGUGCUUUUUGGUCACCCACUUCUGGUAUCUGUGCCCCGGGAUCAGCUCUCUUCAGAUGCCUUGUACGAGUUCCUGCUGCAUCGGCUCUCCCGCUAUGUGACAUGGCCAGACUCUGAGGAAGAACAGAGUGAGGAGGAAGACGAGGAGGAAGAUGAGGAGGAAGAGGAUCUCUACAAUAAGAGAUCCAAUGGGCUGAGUGAAGGGGAGGAUGAGGAGGAAGAUGAGGAAACAACAGCGGAAGGUUUUGCCAAUCAGGACCCUAGCUCAGGGACAGAGGAAACCCCUUCAGACACAUCAGUGGGGGAGGAAGGGACUGGUGUGGAGGAAAGGCGGAGCGCCAACACAUCUCCCCCGCAGCCUCCCCAGUCUCCCCGUGCGCUGUCUUCCAGUCCUCCUACAGCCAACCAGGCGAAGCGCAAAUGCUGUCUGCCCCAGAAGCAGCCAAAGUUGCUUUUUACACUCCGACCCGUCAAUUCUAAUGGCACCAGUGACUGGUUGGCUGGCCAAGAGGAAGGCAAUCCUGUCUCCUUCCACUCCCAACCAUAUGUUGCUCUGGACUGGGAUUCUGAAAUGAAGAAGCGCUACUACAAUGACACUGAGGCCGAAGGCUACGUCAAGCAUGACUCUAUGGGCUAUACGCCAAAGAAGAACCCUGUAAAGCUGCAGGAGUGCAUUGAGUUGUUCACUACCAUGGAAACGCUGGAAGAGGAAAAUCCCUGGUAUUGUCCCACCUGCAAAAAACACCAACUUGCCACCAAGAAGCUGGAUUUAUGGUCACUACCGGAGAUUCUGAUUAUUCACCUCAAGCGUUUCUCUUACACCAAAUUCUCCCGGGAGAAACUUGAUACCCUUGUGGAAUUCCCUAUCCAGGGCCUGGAUUUUUCUGAUUUCAUCAUCAAACCCCAGAAAGAAACGGACGCUUCCCUGUACAAAUAUGACCUCAUUGCUGUGUCCAACCACUAUGGUGGCCUCCGGGAUGGACAUUACACCACUUUUGCCCGGAACAAGGACACUGGGACGUGGUUUUAUUUUGAUGACAGCAGCGUGUCUGCGGUUUCAAACAACCAGAUUGAGUCCAAAGCUGCCUAUGUCCUCUUCUAUCAACGCCAGGACAAAAUCUGCCACCCAACUCCUCUUGCUGCAUCCAUGAGUGCGUCUGCCUGCGGGAAUGAGGAGGACUAUGCUGCCUGCUGUGAUUCUCACUCUCAAGAGCUAGUAAACCGGGACUUCAUGGAUGUGGACUGACCUUCACCUCGCUUCCCUUCUCCAUUUGCAACAGGCGGAGAGCCAUAUACGUUCCCUUCCUUGUACUGAAGGGGGCAGCUGGAUUUCAGGCCUUGGAAUAAGGGCAGGCCAGGGAUGUAGGAGACGAGAUAGAGCCCCUUAACCAGCACAAGUAGACCUGCCAUCUUCCUGUGUCCAAAGGGCAAGGCUCUUUGCUUAGCACAUAGUCCCCCCACUGUGGAGGGGGAAGAUUGACUACUCUUUAAAAGGCUUGUGCCUUACAUCAACAUAAUAAGAUGGCUGGAUGGAACAUAGGCUUCCUGGAUUGUCUCCUCCAUUCCCCCUUUUUUUUUACAUCUUAAAAUUGAGAUGCUUUUAUUAGCACUAGGUUUCCUAUGUGGAAGGAAACUUAAAUGCAUUGUUUUUAUGCUGGCUGUGCACUCCCCCCACCCCACCCCCAAUCUCCCGCAGUAUUAGGCCACUCUAAUCAGGGUAUCUACCCUUGUUUUGCUGCUCGCAACUUCACGUCUUCACCUCCACUUCUCCAUUGCUGGUUCCUGUGCUUUGGGAGGAGUUUGCAGAGAUACUAACUCCUGUGUAGUCUGUGGCUAAUUAGGACGCUUCCCUGCUAUUGCCCUACCUGACAUUGGAUAGGUCUGGAUAAAUGGCCCCUCAUAUUCUUUCCUGUCAUUUACCUUCCAAGUGCCUCCUUUUAGCUCCCCAAUGAAGCAAUAAUUCCAAUAUUGUCCUGCCCUAUCUUCCAGCAUCUGGUAGAAAUCUGCAACUCGCAUGCUUGUUUCUGAAUUUCCUUGUAUUAAUCCUCAUUUCUGAAGCUCACCUCCAGUUAUUAAGGUGACUGUGAGCCACUGAGCCCCAAAAUGCUACUUUUUAACUCUUGCAUCCAAACCUGUUUGGGAAGACAGCCAUUUUUUUCAGUCUAUACUGUGUUGCAGUUCCCUUCAGCCUAAGGACUGUAGGAGAAAAUUAACUACCAGUUCUUGAAGUUUCUUUUCAGUUGGCCUGAUGCCUACCAGGUGUAGCCCUGUUCGAGCAAAACUUCGGAAUUCUUCCCUUUUAUCUGAGUCUCUGCUGCCACUGCUGUUGCUACUUCUAGGCUCAGGGAUUGCACUAGUUUGUAAAUAGGUUUGUGUGCGCAGUGCAGUGGAUAGAAUACAGCAGGAAGCAGUGUUGAUCAAGCACAGGACACUCACUGUUGGCAGGAGCACAUAGUGCAUUUAAUUACUUAAAGAGUUUGGAAGAAU